AUGGAUACCACUUUUAUUACCAUUCACGAUCUCACCGACGAUGCUCAUAUCCUGUACUCUUCAGACUCAAUCGUUGACAUUCUCGGCCAUACGCCUGAUGAGGUCGUCAAUAGAUCUGUAUGGCACUUCUUCCAUCCCGAAGAGCUGCCGCUUGCCAAAGCCCAGCACAGCCGGGGUGUGCGUCUUGACAAGGCUGCAGUCUUGUCGUACUGUCGUUUGAAAAACAGACAGGGUGACUGGGUGGGAUGCGAGUGCUGCUUCUCUAUUGUCUACGAUGUCAUGGUCUGCUGCACCAGUAUCUACAGGGCUGGUAUGCAGAGCCAGAAGCGAGCGAUCGAGGCCCCCAUUGUUCGCAAGCUGUUUGCCUCUUCGCCAAAGGACCCGCGAUACCACAUGUUGUCGCAUCUGUCCAGCAAGUUUGAUCUUGGCCCUGAGCGCCAGACUCACGAGCCCCGUGCUGCACUUUUCCUGAAUCGGUUCACGCGAACUUUGACAGUCAUGUACGCCACCAGCGGAAUCGAGCAAAUCAUCGGCAUCUCUGGAGAAGAGAUGAAAGGAAAGAGCUUCUACUAUUGCAUCGCUGACAACUGCCUGAACGAUGCAGUGCGCUGUCUCGAGUCAGCCAAAGGCAACGAUUCUAUUGCCUACAUGCGCUUCUUCUUCCGGGACCCGCGCCAGCCCGAUCCGCCUGGGGGGGGACAUGACCUCCGACGAUAG